CUUUUCAAGGAACCACUACCAGGAUACUUCUGCUUCGCGUUUUUCUUCGUCGGAAAGGGAAGAUCAUCCUACAGGAAAGUUAUGUAACGUUUAUUAAUUUCAUCAAAAGAGAGACUAACUAUGGUCCGCACGACGGGAGUCGGCAGUAAAAAGAAAGCCAGUGGGCAGUCCAGCCCGGCCAAGCACGUCCCAGUGUCCAACGAUGCCGACGUGGAUGCCGAGCUGCACCCGCUGGUCGGUGGAAAACAAGACCCCGCGAAAAAAGCAUCCGGACUGCUGUCGUGGCAGAAAUUAUUCUGGCCCUGGGGUGCGGUCGGGUCUCUCUUCGCGUGUGCGGUUCUGGUGUUGGUCUACUACGUCUGGAGUACCUCCACGGGGCUCUGGCUGUCGGAUCAAUCUGGUACUGUCGCGGCAGAAGUCGGUUCGCCGCACUUUUCGCAGGUGGUUGCAGGUUCCCGGAUGAUGAAAGUAGAACCCCCGUCGAUCACUAGUACAAGAGCGCUGCAAAGCGACCGCCCGAGCAGCCGGACUGCUCAGCUGCAGACGCGGAAGCAGUUCGGCGCAGUUCGGGCGCAGCACAAGGAGGUGGUGAAAAAAGCGAACGGCGGCUCCCGUGUGCAGAACAACAAAAGGCCGGCUGUGAACAACGGCGGGGUCGGUAGUUCCUCGUCGUUGGAAUUGCGUGCGGGAGAUGCAGCUGAGUCUCCCAACCCGGACGUUUUCGACGAUGCUCCGGAUCGCGAAGAAGAUGAAGACGAGGAUGCUACAGCCGACGAGAACAAGGACGGUUUGCCUCAUGCUGUCGUGUACCACAAGAGCAUGGAGCUGGCAAAAAAGUAUCUUCCGCGGGCCGACAUCGUGGACGAUUUUGCGGUUUCGAGUACGACGAAGGAGAUUCUGCGCAACAAGUUUCCGGCGCUACGCAUGUUCACGGUGGAGCAGUAUUACGUGGCACUUUUUCCCCACGAGGGCUGCGGGAUUUCGUCCUGCGUGCUAAUGGACGUGCUAGUUCCCUCGACCACCGCCCAUCUGAAACUUAGCCCCGACAACAAGGGCAACCCCUACAAAGCCCUCGAAGGGAUGGACCCCAUCGAGCUUGACUCGCCAGCCCUGCCGUUCGCUGUCCCGGUUCCCUUGGGGCUCUUAAAAACCGAUGAGGAGGUCGCCAACGCCUACAACCACCUGAAUGCUACUUUCGAACGGUGGCACCGCGGCGAAGGCAACAUGACUUUGCUGGAGCACGAAGCGUUGGAUCUGUUCACCCUCGCGAAGCACGACGGCGUGAAUGCGGUCGAAACACUGAAGUACUUGGACGGUCAGACGCGCAAAGAGCGAGAGGACUUCUUCUAUCCUGAGUAAAAACGUACCCACACCAGACUCAUGAUGGGGAUUUUGCAACACAAACCUAGGAGUUUUGUGAGUCACGCAUGACAAGUUGCACUCUGCAGUGUAGUGCAGGUUAGCAAGUGCAGCCGCAUCACAGAUUCAUCUGCUCAUCCUGUUCACGGCAUCACAAAUUCCAAAACACGAUUGGAAAUGGCUCUCAUGCGGAUGCGCAUUACAAGUCUUCCUGUCUUUCCAAAUCUGCAUUACAACUCUGGCGUGGGUACGUUUUUACUCAGGAUAUCUUCACCGCCAUGUUUGAACUCACGGUGCCGGAUAUCGUAAGGAAAAAUCCCAUCUCCCCAUAUUGAAAGCGCAUCCAUCUGAAAAUUUGUGAUGCAGAUUUGUGGCCACCAAUCGCGUCUGUCUUGCAAGAAGGCAAGUCCAGCCUGGCCGGCGCGUUAUGCAGGCGAUUUGCAAUGCUGUAGGGCCUACGGGGCAGCCGUCUACCAUUCUAGGCGCCUACACCAAAAGGCCCCUACGCAGGCUCGCGAGCUGCGUGCAGUGCUCUACUGCAACACAGAUUUGAUUUGUGUACUGAAAUACAGCGCCACAAAUUUUGUUUUCGAUAUGGGGUGAGGGCUUUUUUCACUUUGAUGCCGGACCUGAAGAAGUUCGCAAAGGCGAUGCAGCACCCAUUGCAGUACUACGAGCCGCUGCCCGCGAAGGAGAAGAAGAAGAUGAAGGAAAAAUUUGAAAGUCUGUGUUCUUGUGCGUUGUUCUCAGUUGACCGCGAAACCGCGAGCGAGAACGUGGACUCUCUCGACAGGGAGGUGGAAAUGACGGCGGAGGAAAAGACGGCCGCACGAAAGCAGGUCGAGCGUGAGCAGAAAUAUGUCACUGCGCUUGUUGCGAAUUCGUCAGCCGGUCCUCCUGGUCGGAGUUCGAUUUUUUAUCCUUCGGCGUAUCAGCCGCAAAUAGAUGAAAUAUAUCUGGGUCUGAGUGAUUCAUUGGGGGACCGGGACGGAGUUUGUCACGCAAGUUAUACACGCCCCCACGAUCAUGCUGGUGCCUGUGAUGCAUGCUCUAGCGUCACAGCUGUAGCGGAGGCUUGCUCAUGCCUAUACUGCAUGGGAAAUGCCUCCUCCGGGUGGCAACAGCAAUCUGGGUGCCUUGAUGGUUUACUGCUCAUGCAAUAGCUGCAACACAAAAAGACCCAGACAUAUUUGCCAUGCAUACGGCGGAAACAAAGUUCAUGCUUCAGAGCGACUUCAUGUCGUCGCGGAAUUUUUUGACCUACGUGCGGUUGCAGCGGCACUUGCAAAGCGCGGUGCUGGCGGGCUACGCCGCGGAAGUGUUUUACCGCGACAGCCUGUUCCUACAAAUGCCCGGGGAGUCGCGUCAUCGCCUGACGGUGAGCGCCAUUUGGCCCAAGGUAUCAAAUGUAAAAAUGUCUGGGUCUGGAAAUUUGUGAUGCUGGGUGGCGUCUGAUGAUGAGGCUACAGAUGCUGGCUCAGCAUGACAAAUUUCUGAGCUCCUAGGUGUUGCCUAUUCUGCAUGACAAACUGCGCUUCUGCAUCACAGAAAAACGCACCUCUUGGGUAAGUAACGUGCAUGACAGAUUUAAGAGUCAUGCCAGACAAGCAUGACAAACAUGAAUUCUUCCAGACCCAGACAUUUUUACAGUUGAUACAAGGACACUAGGGACGAAAUGGAGAAAACCCUCGAUUCGCCAACCGUGGGUGCGAUGGCGGCCUCCUACCCAAGAAUGUACCAGCCGAAUGACCCCAAGUUUGACGACCUGGACGAGACGGACAAAUUGACGCUCGAAGCGAGUCGCAUCGCGAACAAAAAAGCAGCAGACGCUUUUAUUACAAUGAAAAAUGCCCCCACCCCCGAACUUGAAAGCAUUUGUAUUGCAAACCUUUCCAAAUGAAACAUUUGCCCUCUUGCAUCUAUCAGCAUCACAGAUUUCCGAUCGUGAAUAGCAAAAAUUUGUAUUGCAAAAGAUCCCAGCAAGAGCGGUGCUUGUCAUGCAAGCGAUGCGAAACACGACUAGAAUCUGCAUCAGAAAGAUUCAUACUCCUUUCAUGCAUGACAAAAAGUUUUCAUUUGGAAACUUCGCAUCACAAAUUUUUGCAACUUUGGGGGUGGGGGGCACUUUUCACUGUAAUAGCUUUGAAGAACGUUUUUGGCGAAGAUGGCAUGGAAAACAUGAUGGGGAAAGACAACGUGGCAAAAAUUUACGACAAUGGGGGAGAGUACGCAAAAGAUCGUUGGUACAGCAACACAACAAACACUACGUGGAGCGACUGGGCGUCACUACUGGGGCGCCGGGGCGUCACGGCGGGGGGAGUACCAGAAAACGUUUCGCAGGCGCUCGCCGUGGACCUAACAGUGAUCUCCGAACGGUUCCGGGUACCUGUCCUGAUGACCGUGAACGCGCUUGCUGAGCGGGAGGAGAGGGAAAAGGAAACCGACGAGGUGGAAGACGGCCCCAGCCUGCAGGACAACGUCGCGAAGGAGGAGAUCAUGGGCCCCCUCGUGCGGGAUCUGCUGGAACCGGCCACGUCCGGUUCGUUCGAGCAAAGCCUGGAGUUUUCUUCUUUGAGCGAAGAGGAGGUGGCCGCCUAUUUUCCGGCGGAAAGCACACCGGUGGACCAGGACGCCAUGCUAAACGCCCGUCCGGCCUACAAGGUUGCGGCGGUCGCGGAGGUUCUUGCGGAGAUGCGGGCUGUAUCAAGUGCAAAUAUCUCUAGGUCUGGAAGAGUGCAAGUUUGUCAUGCUUGUCUGGCAUGACUCGAAUUUCUGUAUUGCACAGGGACGAAAAGGCCCUCUUACCUGUCAUGCAAAAACGCAGCUUGCCACGCGGAAUACGUAACACAUGGCAGCCACAAAACUUGUCAUGUAUAGCUGCGUAUCGCAGUGCGUCUAUCAUUCACUUUUAGCAUUACAAGUUUCCAGACUCAGACAUAUUUGCAACCCAUAGGCGGCGCAGGAGGAAACAGUGCCGGAAGAUGACGCCGAGGGUGAGGCGUUCUCGUGAGGGAGAU